AUGAAUCUUCAUGGACUGAGAUGGUUGGGCCACGUGUUACGUAUGCCUGAACACCGAUUACCACGAAGUGCAAUGCUAACCGGUGUUGGAGAUGGUUGGAAGAGAGUUAGGGGCAGCCAAACCAAAACGUGGCAUCAGUCCGUAAAGUCACUGACUUCUAGUCUGAGCCAUGUUGUUAGAUGCAGUCUACUCGGUUGGGGUCCGCAUGACUAUCGUAACCAAUGGUUGGAGACUCUAGGUGACAUGACUCAGAAUCGAUCAGAAUGGCGUCGGUGUAUACACUCUCUGUCUUCCCUUAAACUGUGAGAUUGAAAUCACUUCAUAUCUUUCUUUCUGCGAACUAAUUCUUUCUUCCUG